GAAGGGGCGGGCCGGGGCCGGGGCCGAGAGCGGGGCCGGGCCAGCCCGCCUCCGCUCCCGAGCCAUGCCGGGCAGUGCUGGGCGGGCGCCGCGCUCGCUCGCAGCCGCGCCGCCUCGGCCCUGAAGCGCCCGGGAAGGGCUCUCGGGAGGAAGGGGAAGGGGAAGGGGAGAGGAAGCGGCGGGCGAGGGAGGAAGGAAGGAAGGAGGAAGGAAGGAGGCGCCCGGGCAGGCGCAGGCGGCCCAGGACUUCCUGCUCGCCGGCCGCGCCGCCGCCGCCGCCCCGCGGAGCCAUGUCGGAGGGUCCCGGCCAGGCGGGCAUCAAGCAGGAAAGGAUUUCCUACACCCCUCCAGUGAGCCCAGUGCCAAAUUACACUUCCUCGUCACCUCUACAUGUCCCAGUGCCUCGAGCAGUCAGGAUGGAGGAAGAUGCGAUCAGGCUUCCAGCCCACCUGCGCUUACAGCCCCAUUACUGGAGCAGGGACGAUGUGGCCCAGUGGCUGAAGUGGGCCGAAAAGGAGUUCUCGUUGAGGUCCAUUGACAGCAACACAUUUGAGAUGAAUGGCAAAGCACUCUUGCUUCUGACCAAAGAGGAUUUUCGAUACAGGUCUCCACAUUCAGGUGAUGUGUUAUACGAGCUUCUUCAGCAUCUCUUGAAGCAAAGGAAUUCUCACAUGCUGUUUUCCCCUUUCUUCCACCCUGGAAAUUCAAUCCAUGCACAGCCAGAUGUCAAGUUACAUCAGAACCACGAUGAAGACAGUUUCAUCCAGCGACCGUCAAGACAAUCGUCUGAUGCAGCCCACCACAACCUGCCCACUAUUGAGUUGUUACAUCGUUCUAGAUCGCCUAUCAAUGCCAACCACAGGCCUUCUCCGGAGCCUGAGCAGCGGUCCUUGAAAUCCCCGCUGGAGAAUACUGUUCGUCGCCUCUCACCAGCCGACCGGCUCUCAGGGACAAGACACCACCAGGAGAACGACCACCAGGAGUCUUACCCUCUCUCGGUGUCGCCUGUGGAAAACAACCACUGUUCAACCCCUUCUGAGGUGCUUCAGAAGCCCUCGAGCCCCCGCCAGGAGAAUACCCGCGUGAUCCAGCUGAUGCCGAGCCCAAUCAUGCACCCCUUGAUACUGAAUCCCAGGCACUCUGUGGAUUUCAAAGCCUCCCGGUUGUCUGAGGAUGGGCUGCACAGAGAUGUCAAGCCCAUCAACCUGUCCUAUCGGGAAGAGCUGGCAUACAUGAAUCACAUCAUGGUGUCCGUCUCCCCUCCCGAAGAGCACGCAAUGCCCAUUGGAAGGAUAGCAGACUGCAGGCUCCUUUGGGAUUAUGUCUAUCAGCUGCUCUCCGACAGCCGGUACGAAAACUUCAUCCGAUGGGAGGACAGGGAAUCCAAGAUAUUUCGAAUCGUGGAUCCAAAUGGGCUGGCUCGGCUCUGGGGGAACCACAAGAACAGAACAAAUAUGACAUAUGAGAAAAUGUCUCGAGCCUUGCGCCACUACUAUAAACUAAAUAUUAUCAGAAAGGAACCAGGACAAAGGCUUUUGUUCAGGUUCAUGAAGACCCCCGAUGAGAUUAUGAGUGGCCGCACCGAUCGCCUGGAACACCUUGAAUCUCAGGAACUGGACGAGCAGAUCUACCAGGAAGAGGACUGCUGAAGGAUCCAAGGCCCCUGCUCCACUUUGGUCUGUGGGGUGCAGUCGGUGUGGAGGCACGUUUGGGACAGGAAGUGAAGCCCCAGGACUUGGCCUUGACCCUGGUGGCUGUGCAGGACCCCAAGCACCUUAACGAUACCAAUCGAUUGGCAAGGACAGUGUUGGCCCCGAGAGUUGGGGGAGAGAGCAAGAAACACUGAGCACUGCGACCCGGGUCCUCUAGAGUCUCCCCCACUGUGGGCUGGGGGUGGGUUGCGGUUGGUUGGUUAGUUGGUUGGUUUGGGCUUUUCUUUUCUAUUUAACAUGCCAUUUUGCCUUUUUAAGUGACUUUAGUAGGGCAAAAUGUCAGUUUUUUGCUUAUUCCAAAGGCUUCCUUAUGGGAAUGUAGUGCAGCAAGUUUUCUGCACAAAGGCUCACAACAAGAUCCCAAUAUAGGAGCAGGUGGCAAACGUCACCACAGGGGUCAGAAAGCUUCUCCAGUAGGCGCCUCUAAGCUUUUGGCCAGCAGCACUUUCAAGUUCAGGGAAGAAUUUAAAUGAAGGCUAUGCUGGGGGGGAUGCAGUUUUGAGUUGACAGGAUCUGUGGAGCCGAUGGGGCAAGAGGAAGGUGGGCCUUUUGUACCCGCUGCUUCUAGAGUUAAACAAUUGCUUACAAAGGAGAAGAAACGGCCUUUCUGGAAGUAUCCCCGGAAAGAGUCUCCACAUCUCUGAGGGGCUUUCAGCCCAGUCAACAUGCUGGGAAAGCCACCAGAAAAACUACCGGGCUGAUCUUUGAUACGUUUUUUCCCCUUUUCAAGUGCAGUGUUUCAGUUUUCUGGCCUCUUGAUCCAUUUCUUCAUAAAAACAGAAUUGAACUGUUGCCCUGUUGAGUUGAAAUCGUUUUGUUUCUGGACGUUCCAGGUUGGUUUUGUAGCCUUUGGGAUGAGAUGAGUUUUAGAUGCUCCCUUGUCAGGUGAUCUUGGCUCUUUAAGGAAGGUCCAGAAGAGGGCCACACCAAAGGCAAAGCAAAAGAACAACAAUGACAAAAAUGGUGUAAUGGGAAAAAAAUAAUUUUAUUUUGUGAUCUGUCCCUAUAUGUUUCGCCUACACAAACAGGUGGAUAACAGAAUAAAACUAUUUUUCCCACUGCACCGUUGUUUUGUUCUUUUGCUCUUUAAGGAAAGGCCUUUUCCUUAGAGGUCGGUUAACUACGCUGAAAUUAGAGGUAUGUUCCUCUAGGGUUGAAUAGCACACAUACACUAUCACAAACUGACAGUGCUACAACAUUCAGAGUUUUAAAAAUAUACUGGCCAUGGCUAUGGAUAUCAUGUUCAAGAAAACAGAAUUUUGUACCAAGGUUGUUUAAAUUUUUCAUCAGGAAAUGUGAAACUAUCAUUUGCAGCCAAUAUACAAAUUAGACAAAUGCUCAUCUUUGACCCCAGAGAUACCAAAUACAUUUGUGUGGGCAAAUGGAAAAUACCAAGCGGGUAGUUGUGGAUCUGUCUAGAAAUAAUUUUUGUGAUAAUGCCAACUAGAAAAAGAACAUUGCAGCUAAACAAUGUCAGAGAAUGAGAUUUAACGGUGCAGGUAUUGUAUUCAGGAAUAAAAUCUGAUUCUCGCUUCCUUUCACUAAACUAUUAUGAUAAAAUGUGGCUGCUGCCAAAUAUGAGAGCCAUGUGUCUGCCCAGUAGGAUGUACUUGUUUUACUUAUGGGUGAGCCUCAUUUCCUCUGCCCCAAAUCUGGCUGGUGUGGUGGAGAAACAUUCUUCAGAAUGUUAGGAUAUAAGGACAUGAGGAAGUUCUAGUAGAUGUUACGAACUAGACAUAGUUGGCAUUUCUUCUAAUGUCCAAAGAAAGCAAGAACUCUGAUUCAAUUCCUGGAUGUGAAAAACACUCUGGAGCAGCUGGAAUUAUAUCUCAUUUAUUAAAAGCCAUAGAAUGAAAUGUUCAUUGCAUAAUGUGAAUGGAUGUGACAGCAAUAACGAUGCGUCUGACCUUUUAUGCAGAGAACCAAACCAGCAUUUAUCAAGGGAGGGGGUCAUCACCCUCUGCCAGCAAUUCUUCAUUUCCGAAACCUACUGCAUGCAGGAAAUCUUAAAUUGGCAGGCAUUUCCAUGUAGUAAUCUGUUAUGUAACUGAAAUGUUAGAUGCCUGCAUAGAUGCAACUCUGUGGUAACUUAAAUGGCUGAGUGGAGCACUCAAGUAUCUCAGCCCUAGAGGUAACAGUAAAUUCCAGUCCACUCAACUUCCGAGUGAACUUCUGCAUCCGUGCUAGAUUGGCUUGUAGGAUGGCUUCGUAUAAGAACAUUUCUUUCUCUGCUUCCCUCCCACCCAGGAGAAAGGUCUGGACUUCCUUGGUGGUUCCCCAUCCACGUACUUACCAGAACCGACCCUGCUUAAGCUUCUAAGGUCUGAUUAGAUCAAUCUAGGCUGGGCCGUCCAGAUCAAGAUGACGCAUUGCCUAUGAAGGCUUUUUAAAAAUCUGACCUACUGACAUUUCAACUUGGAUGGAUCUGGGCUAGAAAUUUCCCUCUGAUAAAUAUCUUAUCAUUCCUUCCAUUCUGAAAACAAUUAAAAAUGAAGAGCAAAGUUCUAGAGGAAUCCCCUGGCUACCAACAGGUAUUGGUUAUCUGAAGUUCCACCCUACCUUCAGAUCCAAGGUGGAUUAUAUCAGGGCUUUUUCUCAGCUGGAACGUGGUGGAACGGAGUUCCGGCACCUCUUAAAAAUGGUCACAUGGCCAGUGGCCCCGCCCCCUGAUCUCCAGACAGA